UCUUUGGCAGCUCAUUUUUGUAUGGAGAGUCACUCUGUGUUGAACGUCUGAAGCCGUUGGCUUCGAACCGCCUGGCUCUGUAUCUGUGUUAGCUUUAAAAUGAUCAUUCAUUUCUUUGAGAUAGCAGUUUUACAACCAUUUGAAAGACAUAGCAUGCUUUAGAGUGUUCAGGAGGGACUAUCAAGAAAAUCAUCUCGCUAUACUAAGAUUUCAAAGAGACAGAGAGCUACGCCUCUGGACUGCGGAGGGAUGACCAUCUGAAAGUCACCCGUUCACAUGGGUCCUAUCCUGUGCUGACCCCAUGGUCUAACCACCAGGACUAAAAAUGAGCAUAAGCAGUGAUGAGGUCAACUUCCUGGUGUACAGAUACCUGCAAGAGUCAGGCUUCUCUCACUCAGCGUUCACCUUUGGCAUAGAGAGCCACAUCAGUCAGUCCAACAUCAACGGAGCCCUGGUGCCCCCUGCUGCCCUCAUCUCCAUCAUCCAGAAGGGCCUGCAGUAUGUGGAGGCUGAAGUCAGCAUCAACGAGGAUGGGACCCUGUUCGACGGGCGACCCAUCGAGUCGCUGUCCCUGAUCGACGCGGUGAUGCCCGACGUGGUCCAGACCAGGCAGCAGGCCUACAGGGAGAAACUAGCCCAGCAGCAGCAGCAGCAGCAGGCCGGCGCCAGCUCCACAGGGCCCCAGGCCAAGAACGGGGAGGGGACGGCCAACGGGGAGGAGAACGGCGCGCACACCUUAACCAACCACCAUGCUGAGAUGAUGGAGGUGGACAGGGAUGUGGAAAUCCCCCAGAGCAAGGCCAUGGUCCUGAGGGGCCACGAGUCAGAGGUCUUCAUCUGUGCCUGGAACCCGGUCAACGACCUCCUCGCCUCGGGGUCUGGGGACUCGACAGCGAGGAUUUGGAAUCUGAGUGAGAACAGCUCAGGCUGCUCCACCCAGUUGGUUCUGAGACAUUGCAUAAGAGAGGGGGGGCAGGACGUGCCCAGCAACAAAGACGUCACCUCACUCGACUGGAAUAGUGAGGGUACGCUACUAGCCACAGGCUCGUACGACGGCUUUGCCAGGAUAUGGACUAAAGACGGUAACCUGGCCAGCACCUUAGGUCAGCACAAAGGUCCUAUAUUUGCUCUGAAGUGGAACAAAAAAGGAAACUUUAUCCUCAGCGCUGGGGUUGACAAGACCACCAUCAUCUGGGACGCUCACACAGGAGAAGCCAAGCAGCAGUUUCCCUUCCACUCAGCUCCGGCCCUGGAUGUGGACUGGCAGAGCAACAACACGUUUGCAUCCUGCAGCACAGACAUGUGCAUCCACUUGUGUAAGCUGGGGCAGGACCGGCCCGUCAAGACCUUCCAGGGACACACCAAUGAAGUGAAUGCAAUCAAGUGGGACCCCACAGGGAGCCUGCUGGCGUCCUGCUCUGACGACAUGACGCUGAAGAUCUGGAGCAUGAAGCAGGACUCGUGUGUCCACGACCUGCAGGCCCACAGUAAGGAGAUCUACACCAUCAAGUGGAGCCCCACAGGGCCUGGGACCAACAACCCCAGCGCCAACCUCAUGCUGGCCAGCGCUUCGUUCGACUCGACGGUGCGUCUGUGGGACGUGGAGCGCGGCGUCUGCAUCCACACGCUCACCCGCCACCAGGAGCCCGUCUACAGCGUGGCCUUCAGCCCCGACGGGCGCCACCUGGCCAGCGGCUCCUUCGACAAGUGUGUCCACAUCUGGAACACUCAGACGGGCGCACUGGUCCACAGCUACAGGGGCACGGGGGGCAUCUUUGAGGUGUGCUGGAACGCCACCGGGGACAAAGUGGGUGCCAGCGCAUCAGACGGAUCGGUUUGUGUAUUAGACCUGAGGAAAUGACGCUCGUCGUGGGGGGAGCCAUGGACCGACUAGGAAUGUGUACAUAGCCAAAAUGACUGUCCCUCCCCCUGUCCUCCCGCUCUGCUGUAGUGUCAUCCCGAAGGCCCUGGCCCAGUACCAUGCCAGACACACAGACCCCCCCCCCCUUCACUCACAACAAAGGACUGGAGCACAUACUCUCACACAAAACCAACUCCUGUCUGGGAUUAUUGGGGGCUGGAGUUGCCCCUGGCCACUUAGAAUCUUUCACAAACCUACAGGAAACGAAAUGACACAGACCUGCGAAUAAAAUGGCCUAGAAAAAAGUUUUGAAGAAGAGGACCCAUUGCAUUUAUACCAAAAUACCUGCAUUUGUCUUUGCCGUUUUUAUCCUCCGUAUGAGAAAUCUUUGUUCUUCUCUUUGCUGGUGUGUGCAUAUUGUACAUGUCAGCAUUCCUGUUGCCAUUAUUUUAUUCAUUUUUUGUUUAGUUUUUUACAUUUUCUCUAGAUUUGUGUGUGUAUGUUGGGUCAGGAAAGGAUACAUCUGUAUGAAUUGUUCAUCUUUUCCAAUUUGGUAAAAAAAAAAAACGGUAAUUGGGAGUAAUCCAUUAACUUCUCGGCACUGUACUUUUUUGUAGUUCAAGAAAAGCAAAUAUAUAUUUCAAAAUUUGAAAUUGGUUCUCUUUCUAUUCCCCCCCCCCCCCCCCCCCCCAGACAUUUAUAUUCCCUCAGUUCGCCAAAAUGCACUUUUUGGUAAAGCAGUCUGUGAGUCUCACCUCUCACAGGAUUAGUGAUAAUACUACCAGCUUGAAGCCAGGCAGAUGGCCCUGACUCAGACAUCCUCACACACAAACCCGUUUUCCAGAGGGACAGGAAAGCUUGGGUCUUCUCUGAGCGUGAGGGCAGCUGGUUCUGAAUAUACAUGUAGGAGGAGAUGUGAGGCACCAGCACAGCCCUCACUGAGCCAUUCUGUCUGAUAUCCAGGAUCUGGAGGGGAGCUUUCACACAGAAUCAAUGCAGCAGGCUUAGAGAUUCUGGAAGGGUUGACCAAUGGUGUGUGCCCCCCCAUUCCCCUCCAAUAACCACUAACGUCAAUUUCGUCUUUGCAUUUUACGUUUUUGAAGGAUUGAGAUCCCAAACGCUAAAUGAUAAUCAGACUAAGUCCUCCUAGUAGGGCCAUCCUUACCCAGUACAUUGUCAGGGUUUAAACCAGGAUUGUAUUAAAGUGUGUCGGGGUCUUUUAUAGCAGCUUGACGAACCUGUCACUGGUUCGCAAACAUUGACCUCCCAUGCUUCUGGUAACAUCCACUCCCAUCCCAUUCUACAUGGUAACAUUGGACUUCAUAUAGCAGAUAUCGGUGUGGGAGGGGGGGGAGGUGAGGUGGGGUCAGGUCAGUGAAGUCAUACAUUUAAGGUUUGGUGUUUUGGUAUUGUUUAUGUUCGGUGUGCAGCUGUUUCAAGUUCAGUGUUCUGAAUACUGAGUACUGUACAGGGCAGUGUCUGGUCAGCUUUCCUGUCUAGCACCGACAGACACUUUGGAGACGGGCUGUGUUAAGGCCUAUGCACGGAUAGAUGGCGCUUAUUUGUUGUUUUUUUAAAGGUGGUGUUUUGAAGCAAAGUUCUAAGACGGAACAAGAAGAAACGGGCUCGGAACAUAUGACUUGAUGUAUCAUUGUAACUACAUAUAAUAUAUAUCUGUGCUUUCACAGGGGGAUUCUUUUAUAAGCCGCUCGUAUGCAAGGGUGGAUUUAAAAAUUCUAUGUACCUCUUUGAAGACAUGCUUGAAAUAUGUGGUAUUCUUCUGCAUCAUGUGGGUCGUUACCAUAAGAAAUGGUUCUUUAUAAAAUACCAUUUAACAGUCAUAGCGAACCUAGGGGAGCAACCAGUAACAUGUGAAACAUGGAGCUGUGUCGCCAUGCCAGGCACACGACAGCGAGGAUAGACUGUCAAACAUUGUUUUGCACCUCGCUUCGAAUGUGCAGUUGGUUUGUCAGAUCGUGGGGAUGAGCAGCGUCUGAGUUGUUGAGUUCUAGGGGGGGGGGGGGGGGGGGGGGGGGGGGGGGCUCUGGCAUUCCAGACCUCAUCUCUUAUCUACUCUCUAACAUCCAUUGGCUUCAAAACCCCAUUGCUGGUUUUACAUUCUUCAAAAGCUUCCACUUGCAAUUGUUUUGAAUGUAACUUGUUUUUAUGAACACAUUUUGUACCGAUGCUUCAAGUAUUUUGAAGUUUGCUUCAGAAACAACUAACAGUGAGUGGAUUGUACUAGAGACGCUAUUUAUCACAAUGUCUAUGACGGUGGAAUGGUAUUUUAUAAUGUUUCGUUUUUAGAGAUACGCUUUUUACAAUGCAUUCAAGUGUUUGCUAUUUUUUGUUCCUACCUAAAGUACUAAUUCUAUCUUUGCUAUUUCUAAAAGCCCCUGAAGGUUUUCUACUCUUUGGAUAUUUUGUAAUUCUGUUUUAUUUGUAGCAAUGUAAGCAAAAUGGAUGCUUUUUUUUUUUUUUAUUAUUUUUUUUUUUACAAAAAACAAUAAAUCUGAACUUUGUCAAAGUAUCAUAACACCCUGA